AUGAGUCAGGUCGCAGACUUCUUUUACCAUCCCUUCUCAUCGGCUGCUCUCAAACUACUCCCGAAGAGAGGGGUCGGGAUCAGAGCCAAGAGCAAGAGAGCAGAUCGUAUACCUGAUGACCCUCAGCGUCCUCUUCUGACCGAUUACCAUUCCAUAAAUGAUCCAACGAUACGAGUACGAGUACCAAAAAAAGUGUCAACGCCCGUCAAGGUCGAAGCCAAGGUCUGGUUUGCCAAUGAACGAACGUACAUAUCUUACUUGUCGAUGGGGCUGUUACUCUCGACAAUAGCAUCCGGUCUCUUGUUCGGUGCUAGGGAUUCAUCAGCGAGGUGGUUUGCAUUUGCUUACGCUUUGAUAUCUGUCGGUGUAUUGGUGUAUGGCUGGGCAAUCUUUCAGAAGAGGUUGACAAUGAUAUCUGCUCGAGAUGCUGGGAAUUUUGCCAACUUCAUCUUCCGGUUCCGAGAAGCUCGAAAAGAGAUUGGUGUCAAUCCCUUAUCCUUCCAGAACGCAUGGUAUGAAGCUGGUGUCAAGAGCUCUUGGUUGUAG